AUCUGUCCUUUCCUCCCAAAUCACUCUUUCUCCACAUCACAUCUCAUAAUUACCAAUUCCUCUGUUUUCUUUGGAAAGAAGCAAAGUCUAUUCAUUUGUAUAAAUCUGUCCAUCUGUUUCCGUGUGUUGUGUUUGUUUGUAUUGUAUGGCUCCUUUGACAGGAAUACCAUCGUCUUCCAAUUCCUCUGUUUUCUGUUCCAAUAUAUCUGACUUCAACUUAUAACCAAGUGCCCUUUUCCACCAUUCCCUUUAUAACCCAUAUCUCGCCAUUUUCUCCACAAACCAAUCUCUCUCAGCUCGUCUAUCUAUACAUAGAGAGAGAGAGAGAAGGACAUGUCGGAUUGGGGGCCAGUGUUCGUGGCAGUGGCGCUGUUCAUACUGCUGACGCCGGGAUUGCUGGUUCAGAUCCCGGGGAGAAACAAAGCGGUCGAGUUUGGAACGUUUCAGACAAGCGGCGUCUCUGUUCUUGUUCACUCUCUCAUCUACUUCACCCUCAUCUGCAUCCUCCUGCUCGCCGUCCACGUUCACAUUUGCCUCUUCUUGGCGGCAUCAAUGGCGGACUGGGCUCCAGUACUCGUCGGCGUUAUUCUCUUCGUGAUUCUCUCUCCGGGCCUUCUCUUUUCGUUGCCGGGAAACCACCGGACUCUCGAAUUCGGAAACCUGAAAACCAACGGAAAAGCAAUCGCCGUUCACACGCUCAUCUUCUUCGCCAUUUACUCCAUCUUGAUCAUCGCCGUCAAUCUCCACAUCUACACUGGUUGAUCUGAUCUGGCGAAAUAAAAGGUACCCAUCUCGAAGCUGGGCCUUCAGGAAUCUUCUGAGAUUUGUAACUCUCUGUCUAAGGGUUUCGUACUUUGUUCUGGUGUAUGAUUCUGCAGUUGCAGCGAGUAGAUUUGACGAAACAGCUGUUGUAUUGUGCAUUGGUAUCACUGAAAUGUAGUGCAAGUUUUUAAAAUUUGUGGGCGUUAUUAACUUGUGUUAUCUGCGAGUUCCUUCAUAUGGUUUUUGUGUGGUAAAAAAUUUGGAAGAAGAUACCGAAACUAUGAUCACGAGAAAGGAAAGCAAUCUGUGCUAUUCCCGUGAAAGAAAGAAAAAAAUCCAAACUUCUUUAGUUGAUUUGAAAUGUUCAUUGUUUUACAGAGGAUUUA